AUGCGUCUUUUGGGUCUCGGAAUAGCUCGUGAAUCUGACGUGAAUCUCUAUUUUCGUUCAGGAGAAGAGAUGUCUGAUUAUGACAAAUAUGCUGAACAAUUGCGACAUCCAGAUAACCCAAUUGUCUUCAUGGAAAUGACAGCGGGCGGAGCGCCGCUUGGAACGAUAGUGAUGGAGCUGUUUGCUGACGUCACACCAAGAACCGCUGAAAACUUCCGUCAGUUCUGUACAGGAGAAUUCCGUAAAGAUGGUGUUCCUGUUGGCUACAAAAACAGCCAAUUUCAUCGAGUGAUAAAGGAUUUUAUGAUCCAGGGAGGAGACUUUGUGAAUGGAGAUGGAACGGGAAUGAUGAGCAUAUACGGUGCAAAAUUCCGUGACGAGAACUUUGAACUGCAGCAUAAUGGACCUGGAAUUCUCUCCAUGGCGAAUGCGGGCACUGAUACAAACGGAUGCCAGUUUUUCAUAACAUGUGCUAAAACGGACUUCUUGGAUGGAAAACAUGUAGUGUUUGGACGAGUUCUCGAUGGGUUAUUAACCGUGCGGAAAAUCGAAAAUGUUCAAACAGGUGCGAAUAAUAAGCCGAAGAUUCCAAUCCUUGUUGCACAAUGCGGGCAGUUAUAG